UAUGACUUAAGAAUUUUUCAGAUUUAAUUAAAUAAAAAUUCAAUUGACAGUAAUCUUACUAAAAAAAUAAAGAAAAAUAUUUAAAUCGUUGAUUCGUCUGGAAUUUUUUUCAAUAUAUAGUCUGAAGUAGGGACCCAGUUGUGUUUUUUCCAGUAAGUUUUUGGUGUUUCGUUAUGGCGUUUUUAGGUAAAUGUGCAGCUUAGUUAUCUAGUGCUGCUAUGACAGAAAUACCACAGUGGAUGAUUUUAACAAACAGAAAUUUAUUUUCUCACAGUUUAGGAGGCUAGAAGUCUGAAUUCAGGGCACCAGCUCCAGGUGAAGGCUUUCUUUACUGUCAGCUCUGGGGGAAGGUCCUUGCCAUCAGUCUUCCCCUGGGUCUGGGAAUUUCUCAGCACAGGGACCCUGGGUCCGAAAGAUGUGCUCUGUUACCGGCUCUUCUUUCUUGAUGAAUGAGAAGGCCAUUGUGACUAUGUGGUGACUUGUCUUACUACUGAGUUUCUCACUGGAAUCAUGGAGGAGAAACAGCAGAUUAUAUUGGCUAAUCAGGAUGAUGGGACAAUGGCAGGAGCAGCACCUACCUUCUUUGUCAUUCUAAAGCAGCCAGGAAAUGGCAAAACUGAUCAGGGAAUUUUGGUUACUAAUCGGGAUGCCUGUGCUUUGGCUGGCAGUGUGUCAUCACCAGAAAAAUCUAAAGGGAAGAUUUGCCUUCCCGCUGAUUGUACUGUGGGAGGAAUCACUGUCACUCUGGACAACAAUAGUAUGUGGAAUGAGUUCUAUCAUCGAAGCACAGAGAUGAUUCUGACCAAGCAGGGAAGACGCAUGUUUCCUUAUUGUCGUUAUUGGAUAACAGGUUUAGAUUCAAAUUUGAAGUAUAUCCUUGUUAUGGAUAUAUCUCCUGUGGACAACCAUCGUUAUAAAUGGAAUGGUCGUUGGUGGGAACCCAGUGGAAAGGCUGAGCCCCAUGUUUUGGGCAGGGUUUUUAUUCAUCCAGAAUCUCCUUCCACAGGUCAUUAUUGGAUGCAUCAACCGGUAUCCUUCUAUAAACUAAAACUAACCAACAAUACACUGGACCAAGAAGGGCAUAUCAUCUUGCACUCUAUGCAUCGCUACCUACCUAGGCUUCAUUUGGUACCUGCAGAAAAGGGUACUGAAGUGAUACAAUUAAAUGGCCCUGGUGUCCACACUUUUACUUUCCCACAAACUGAAUUCUUUGCAGUAACAGCUUACCAGAACAUUCAGAUUACCCAGCUGAAAAUAGAUUACAACCCAUUUGCCAAAGGCUUCCGGGAUGAUGGAUUGAAUAGUAAGCCCCAGAGAGAUGGAAAACAAAAGAAUAACUCUGACCACGAAGAAAAUAGUGUCCCCAGUUCUCCAGGCCAUCGAGUUCACCUUACAGAAGGUGAGGGCUCAGACAUACAGCCAGGCGAUCUGGAUCCAGUAUUGCGAGGUAGAGAAACAUCAGGCAAGGAUUUGGAGAACCCUUCUCUUCAUAUCAAACAAGACUUUCUUGGUUUCAUGGAUACUGACUCAGCGCUGGAAGUUCCUCAGUUGAAGCAAGAGGCUUCUGAAAGUCUUGUUGGCAGCAAUUUUGAAGACAGCUCCCACGUAGCCUCACCACUGGACCUGAACGGACCCUUCAAUGUUGUCAUUAAAGAGGAACCUCUGGAUGAUUAUGACUAUGAACGGGGUGAGUGCCCAGAAGGGGUCACUGUGAAGCAGGAAGAGACAGAUGAGGAAACGGAUGUAUACUCAAACAGUGAUGAUGACCCCAUACUGGAGAGACAGCUGAAGAGGCACAAUAAAGUUGAUAACCUAGAAGCUGACCAUCCAUCUUCUCAGUGGCUACCAAGCAGCCCAUCAGGUGUUGCUAAAGCUAAGAUGUUCAAAUUAGACUCUGGAAAGAUGCCAGUAGUCUAUCUGGAGCCCUGUGCUGUCACCAAAAGCACAGUGAAGAUUUCUGAGCUGCCUGAUAACAUGCUUUCCACAUCUCAGAAGGAUAAGUCUUCCGUUUUGGCAGAAUUAGACUAUUUGCCUUCGUACAUUGAAAAUUCUAGUGGGACUGGCUUCUGCAUAGGCAAGGAAUCAGAAAAUGGUCUUAGAAAAUGUUCACCAGAUUUCAGAGUGACACAGAAAUACCCCUUAGUUAAAGAGCCUCAGUGGAAAUAUUCUGAUGUGCCUGACAGCAUUAGCACAGUAGGAACAUAUGAUAAUAGUUCAAAGGGUUCAUCUGGGGAUUCAUUUUCGGGAAAAGAGGACUUAGGCAGAAAGAGAACAACUAUGCUGAAGAUUGCAACAGCCCCAAAGGCUGCAAAUGGUGGUCAGAAUACCUCUCCAAAUAUCCCUGGGAAAAGAGGGAGGCCACGGAAAUUGAAACUCUCUAAGGCAGGACGACCACCUAAAAAUACUGGCAAGUCUUUAACUUCUACAAAGAAUACCCCUGUGGGCCCUGGGAGUACCUUUCCAGAUGUGAAGCCUGAUCUAGAAGAUGUGGAUGGUGUUCUGUUUGUUUCCUUUGAAUCGAAGGAAGCUCUAGACAUUCAUGCAGUUGAUGGGCCAACAGAAGAACCCUCUAGUCUUCAGGCAUCAACCACAGAUGAUUCAGCAGGUUGCAGAGCAAGAAUUUUCCAGCUGGAAAAGGAAUUGAUAGAAGAUUUGAAGUCCUUGCGUCACAAGCAGGUGAUACAUCCUGGUCUUCAAGAAGUGGGCUUAAAAUUGAACUCAGUGGAUCCAACGGUGAGCAUUGAUCUUAAGUACUUGGGAGUACAGCUACCUUUGGCUCCAGCUACUAGCUUUCCUUUCUGGAACCUUACGGGAACCAACCCUGCCUCUCCUGAUGCUGGCUUUCCCUUUGUUUCUAGGACAGGGAAGACCAAUGAUUUCACCAAAAUCAAGGGGUGGAGGGGAAAGUUUCAGAGUGCUUCUGCAUCUAGGAAUGAAGGAGGCAAUUCCGAAGGUUCACUGAAGAACCGUUCUGCUUUCUGUAGUGACAAGCUGGAUGAAUACUUGGAAAAUGAAGGCAAGCUGAUGGAGACAAGCAUGGGCUUCUCUUCCAGUGCUCCCACGUCUCCUGUGGUAUACCAGCUUCCCACCAAGAGUACCAGCUACGUGCGAACACUUGAUAGUGUACUAAAGAAGCAAUCUGCUGUUUCCCCUUCUACCUCUUACUCUUUGAAGCCUCAUUCUGUACCCCCUCCCUCUCGAAAGGUGAAGUCUCAAAACAAACCGGCAAAUUUCAGUGGCCGAAUGAAGUCAUCUUAUAAAUCCAUCUUACCAUAUCCCCUUUCACCAAAGCAGAAACACUCUCAUAUGAUUCCAGCAGAUAGGGUUACCAAGAAUUCUUCAAGCACCACCUCAGAAAACCAGGUGAAUAACUUCGUCGUGACAACUUCAGAGGAAAAUGUUUUCCCAAAACAGAUUAGUCUGCGGCAGGCACACCAGCAGCAACACCAACAGCUUCAGGGGACUCGCCCUCCAGGCUUGUCUAAAUCUCAGGUGAAGCUAAUGGACUUGGAGGACUGUGCACUUUGGGAAGGAAAACCAAGGACCUAUAUCACUGAAGAGCGAGCAGACGUAUCCUUAACAACUCUGCUUACUGCUCAAGCAUCUCUCAAAACUAAACCUAUCCACACAAUCAUAAGGAAACGAGCUCCCCCAUGCAACAACGAUUUCUGUCGGCUGGGCUGUGUAUGUUCCAGUCUAGCUUUGGAGAAGCGCCAGCCUGCUCACUGCCGCCGACCAGACUGCAUGUUUGGCUGCACUUGUUUGAAAAGAAAAGUUGUACUUGUUAAAGGGGGAUCCAAAACUAAGCAUUUCCAGAGGAAGGCUGCUCAUCGUGAUCUAGCAUUUUAUGAUACUCUGGGAGAAGAGCCAAAGGAAGAAGGAGAGGAGGGAGUCAGGGAAGAGGAAGAACUAUUGAAAGAGAAGAAGAAGAGAAAGAAGCUAGAAUACACUAUAUGUGAAACAGAGCCUGAACAGCCCAUUCGGCAUUACCCGUUGUGGGUGAAAGUAGAAGGUGAAGUGGAUCCAGAGCCCGUUUAUAUUCCAACUCCCUCUGUCAUUGAGCCUAUAAAACCAUUGUUGUUGCAUCAGCCAGAAGUUUUGUCUACUACUAUGAAGGGCAAACUGCUCACUGGAAUUAAAUCUACAAGGCCAUAUACUCCCAAACCCAAUCCUGUGAUUCGGGAAGAGGACAAAGAUCCAGUCUACUUGUACUUUGAGAGUAUGAUGACUUGUGCCCGAGUUCGAGUGUAUGAACGAAAAAAAGAGGAACGGAGACAACCAUCCCCAACCCUAUCCCCACCCCCAUCAUUUCAGCAGCAGAGCUCAUGCCGUUCUAGUCCUGAGAACUAUAGUGCAAAGGAACCUGAUUGUGAGCAGCAGCCCUUGAAACAAGUCACCGGCGACCUGGAGAAUGAUUCUGAUAAAUCACAAGAAAAGAGCUGGAAGUCGUCCUGCAAUGAGGGGGAGUCCUCUUCUACCUCCUACAUGCAUCAGAAGUCACCUGGCGGUCCCACCAAACUGAUAGAGAUCAUCUCGGACUGCAACUGGGAGGAGGAUCGCAACAAGAUUUUGAGCAUCUUAUCCCAGCACAUCAAUAGCAGCAUGCCACAAUCACUUAAGGUGGGCAGCUUCAUCAUUGAGUUGGCUUCUCAGCGAAAGAGCCGGGGUGAGAAGAACCCUCCUGUUUAUUCUUCUCGUGUGAAAAUCUCUAUGCCAUCAUGUCAAGACCAAGAUGAUAUGGCUGAGAAAUCUGAAUCAGAGACUCCUGAUGGUCCAUUAUCCCUUGGGAAAAUGGAUGAUCUCACUUCUAUGCAGACAGAUGCCCUGGAUUCAGUGAGGGAAAGAUUGCAUGGAGGCAAAGGUCUGCCUUUUUAUGCAGGGCUUUCUCCUGCAGGGAAGCUUGUGGCCUAUAAACGUAAACCCAGUUCAAGCACAUCUGGGCUUAUCCAGGUUAAUGGUAAGAGUUACCCGCAGGCUAAGUUGCUAUUGGGACAGAUGGGGGCAUUGCAUCCAGCCAAUAGGCUAGCUGCUUAUAUCACAGGCAGGUUGCGACCCUCAGUCCUGGACCUCUCAACCCUCAGUACUGUCAUCUCCAAGGUAGCAUCCAAUGCCAACGUGGCUGCAUCCAGGAAACCACGCACCCUGUUGCCUUCAACAUCCAAUUCCAAAACGACAUCCUCCUCCAGCACUACAUCAAAUCGCCCUGGGAAGAAUCCGAAGGCGUUUGUCCCGGCAAAAAGGCCGAUUGCGGCUCGACCCUCUCCUGGUGGUGUGUUCACACAGUUUGUGAUGAGUAAAGUUGGAGCCCUACAGCAGAAGAUACCUGGAGUUAGCACACCCCAACCCCUGACAGGGCCACAGAAGUUCAGUAUCAGACCUUCUCCAGUAAUGGUCGUCACACCUGUGGUUUCUUCUGAGCCAGUUCAGGUGUGCAGCCCUGUGACUGCUGCUGUCACUACUACCACCCCUCAAGUGUUUUUAGAAAACAUUACUUCCGUGACACCUAUGACUGCUAUUUCUGACAUGGGAGCUAAAGAAACUACUUAUUCUUCUGGUGCCACCACUGCAGGGGCUGUUGAGGUCUCUGAAACUAAUACCAGCAUCCCUAUAACACCUACCCAGUCUACAGCCACUGUGAACCUUACCAAAACUACUGGGAUAACUCCCCCUGUGGCUUCAAUUGCUUUUCCUAAGUCUUUGGUAGCAUCUCCUCCAACCAUAACUCUUCCUGUUGCUUCCACUGCCUCCACCUCCAUAGUCGUGGUGACCACAGCUGCAUCUUCCUCCAUGGUGACCACACCAACUUCAUCUCUGGGCUCUGUUCCUAUUAUACUCUCGGGAAUUAAUGGGAGUCCACCAGUGAGCCAGAGACCAGAAAAUGCCCCUCAGAUUCCAGUGGCUACUCCACAGGUCCCUCCUAACACACUGAAACGUACUGGACCUCGAUUAUUGUUGAUUCCAGUGCAGCAGGGCUCUCCUACUCUUAGACCUGUCCCAAACACACAACUUCAGGGACAGCGGAUGGUCUUGCAGCCUGUCAGGAGCCCAAGUGGAAUGAACCUGUUCAGGCACCCUAAUGGGCAGAUUGUCCAGCUUCUCCCUUUGCAUCAGCUUCGAGGCUCUAAUACUCAGCCAAACUUGCAGCCUGUCAUGUUUCGGAACCCAGGGUCUGUGAUGGGAAUCCGGCUACCUGCCCCUUCCAAACCUGAGAUGCCACCAUCUUCUGCUUCGUCCUCUGCUUUCUCUGUUGUGAACCCUGUGAUUCAGGCUGUUGGGUCUUCUCCAGCAGUGAAUGUUAUCACUCAGGCACCAUCAUUGCUUUCCUCUGGAUCUAGUUUUGUUUCCCAGGCUGGUACUUUGACUCUGAGGAUUUCUCCUCCUGAACCACAGAACUUUGCAAGUAAAACAGGCUCUGAAACCAAAAUAACCUGUAGCUCAGGAGGGCAGCCUGUUGGCACAGCUAGUCUUGUUCCUCUCCAGUCUGGCAGUUUUGCGUUAUUGCAGCUCCCAGGACAAAAGCCCGUUCCCAGCUCCAUUCUUCAACAUGUCGCUUCCCUGCAGAUGAAGAGAGAAUCCCACAGUGCAGAUCAGAAAAAUGAAACAAGCUCUUUAAGAGAGCAGGAAACUAAGAAGGCUGUGCAGUCAGAAGAAGACGCUGUAGACCCUGAGGCUAAUGUAAUAAGCCCAAACUCAGGAGCUACUGCCUCAGAAGAAACCCUGAAUAAUCCCUUGAAAGAUGGGGGUGAUCAUUUUGAUGAAGAAUCUGUUACAGAAGAAGAUUCUACAAGUGCCAUACCUUCUGAGCGCUCCUGUAUCACUGGGUCACACCCAGAUAAAGACUACAAAGAUGUCAGUGAAGAGGGUGGGCCUCGGCGUCACAACAGUUCCAAAGAAAAACAGGCUAUUCUAGAAGUUAAGACCAUUUCUGAAAAAGCUGGUAAUACGACAGUCCAAAGUGAAAGCAAUGUACAGCUUAAAAACAUUGGUGGUGUGAAGGUGGAACAGCAGACCGUAUUAGACAGUCCAGAGGAAAAACCAAGUGAAUUUCUAAUCAUCUCUAAGGAAGAAAGUAAACUUGAAUUACCAGGGAGCAGCACUGGGGAGAAGCAGUUUAAUCCACAGCCAGAGGCCAAGGAGAAGGGAUGUGGCAACUCUGUGGAGGACAGUAUUAGAGAGAGAUGGAGAAAACACCUGAAGGGCCCUUUGACCCCGAAGUGUGUUGGAACUCCUCAGGAAUGUAAGAAAGAGGCAGAUGACCAGUUAAUUAAAGAAACAAAGACGUGUCAGGAGAACUCAAACGUGUUUCAACAAGAACAAGGCAUCUCUGAUUUACUUGGGAAAAGUGGAACUACUGAGGAUUCCAGAGUUUUAAAAACUGAAUGUGAUUCUUGGAUUAGGAUUUCUAAUCCUACAGCCUUUUCCAUAGUUCCGAGGAGAGCUACCAAAGGCAGUAGAGGGGAUGGACAUUUUCAGGGUCACUUAUUGCUACCAGGAGAACACAUACAACCAAAGCAAGAGAAGAAGGGUGGGAGAAGCAGUACUGACUUCACUAUUGUGGACUUGGAAGAGGAGGAUGAGGAAGAUGAGAAUGAGAAAACCGAUGAUUCUAUUGAUGAGAUUGUGGAUGUGGUUUCUGACUACCAGAGUGAGGAGGUUGAUGAUGUAGAAAAGGUGAAUCAUUGUGUAGACUACCUUGAGGAUGACGAAGAGCAAGUGGACAUUGAGACUGUGGAAGAGCUCUCAGAGGAAAUGAUUGGCUACAUGAAGCCCACAGCUGCCCAUAUGCUGUCUUCUAAACAGCCGUGUCAUACCCAUGUCUCUGCAGAUGAAAAAGGUGCUGAAAGGAGCCGAAAGGUCCCACCAGUUCCUCUGAAACUGAAGUCUGAUUACUGGAGCAAUAAACUACAGAAAGAAGCAGAAGCUUUCGCUUACUACCGCCGGACGCACACUGCCAACGAGCGGAGGCGGCGUGGCGAGAUGAGGGAUCUCUUUGAGAAACUGAAGGUCACGCUGGGAUUACUUCAUUCUUCCAAGGUUUCCAAAAGUCUCAUUCUCACACGGGCAUUCAGCGAAAUUCAGGGACUAACAGAUCAGGCAGACAAGUUGAUAGGACAGAAAAACCUGCUGACUCGAAAACGGAAUAUCUUGAUACGGAAAGUAUCAUCUCUUUCAGGUAAGACAGAAGAAGUAGUCCUGAAGAAGCUAGAGUAUAUAUAUGCCAAACAACAAGCACUAGAGGCACAAAGAAGAAAAAAGAAGAUGGGAUCAGAUGAGCUCAAUGCGUCUCACAGGACUAACAGACACCAGGAAGGGUCUUCGCCGUCACCUGUAAAUCUCGGACAGAUGUUUAUCAAUAACAGGAGGGCAAAGCCUUUGAUUCUUGCCAGAAAAAGAGACCAAGCCACAGAAAAUACCUCGCCCUCUAACACUCCACGCACCUCUGCCAACCUCGUGAUGACUCCGCAAGGGCAAUUGCUCACCUUAAAAGGUCCCUUAUUCUCAGGACCAGUGGUAACUAUUUCUCCCGCUGUCUUAGAAGCCGAUGUGAAGCCUCAAGCUGCCAGCAGUGCUGUGGCUCAGCCAGAAAACGAUGACUUAUUUAUGAUGCCAAGAAUCGUUAAUGUGACAUCAUUGGCCACAGAGGAAGGGUUGGUAGAUAUGAGUGACAGCAAAUAUCCUCAUGAAGUUCCUGACAGCAAGCCACCUGACCACCUGAAAGACACCAUCAGAAAUGAAGAUAGCUCUGUUGACGAUUCAGGUAGAAUCUCUUCUAGAGGCAGCCACAGAGACGGCAGAAUGGCGCUGAGUCCAACACAGGUUUUUCUGGCAAAUAAAGAUUCUGGUUUUCCACAAAUAAUUGAUGUUUCCAGUGUUCAGGAAGCACAGGAGCUCUUACCUAAGAAGGUUUCUGGUGAUACAAGAGGGAUUCAGCAUAAAUGGAAAGAGAAUGAAUCAAGAGGAGGGAGACUGAAGCCAAGAGAGUCUCCGUUGCAUAAACUAAAGAUGAAAGAUCUCAAGGACUCAAGCGUAGAGAUGGAAUUGAGAAAGGUAGCAUCUGCUAUAGAGGAAGCUGCCCUGGAUCCCAGCGAACUGCUCACUAACAUGGAAGACGAGGAUGACACUGACGAGACACUGACCUCCCUGCUCAAUGAGAUUGCCUUUCUUAAUCAGCAGCUAAAUGAUGACUCUGUUGGCUUGGCUGAACUGCCCAGCCCUGUGGGUGCAGAGUUCCCAGGGGAUGCUCGACGGGCUUUUAUCAGUAAGCUUCCUCCUGGGAACAGAGGAACUUUCCAGGUUGACCACUUGGGAACUGGUUUGAAAGAGUUGCCUGAUGUGCAAGGAGGGAGUGACCCCAUCAGUCCACUCCUCUUGCACUUGGAAGAGGAUGAUCUUUCUGAGAAUGAAAAACAGCUCACAGAACCAGCCUCUGAGGCAGAUGUACUUAAGAUUGUUAUUGACCCUGAGGUAAAGGAUUCCGUCCUUUCCCACAGGAAAGCCAGUGAUGGAAGUAAGAAUACAUCUAGCCUCCCUGCAGAGCCUGAAUGCGUGUCCUCACCGCCCCUUCUACACAUGAAGACUGGCCUGGAGAACAGCAGCACAGAUACUUUGUGGAGGCCUAUGCCAAAGUUGGCACCUCUAGGCUUAAAAGUAGCUAACCCUUCCAGUGAUGCAGAUGGUCAGAGUCUCAAGGUGAUGCCUUGUUUGGCACCUGUAGCUGCCAAAAUUGGGUCAGUUGGACACAAAACAAACUUAACAGGGAAUGACCAGGAAGGCCGGGAGAGCAAGGUGAUGCCCACACUGGCACCUAUCGUGGCUAAAUUAGGCAACUCUGGAGCCUCACCAAGUUCUGCAGGGAAAUGACCUUACUUGUCCUCAGGCAAAAGCCAGGCUACGAGAGGAAAUCGAAUCUCACCUCCUUUCUCUGCAGGCAUCUGUUUGUCAUGGAACAGCGAUCCUUGACUUGCAGGAUGCAGUGGAUAAUGAUGGAGAAAGGGGUAGGGUGCUGAUCCCGGUGUAAGAAAUUACUGCUAUGAAAUUCUGAUCAUGUUAAAAUGUGUUACCUCACUUGUGGUGCUGGGUCCCCUCAUCCUCUCUAAGAAGAUGUGAUCCAUUACUGAACACGAGGUGCCCCUCUUACCCAAGGAAUUGAAAAAAAGACUCCCAGUCCAUACAGUGGUCCCUAGUUCUUCCCUCCUGGAGAAGAAGCUGCUUGAGACUUUGAAGUUGCUGUGGACUGAACUGUAGCUGGUAGCUGUAGGGCUGUUUAAAUCUGCAAUCCAAGGAAUGUGAUGUGCUUGUGCAAAGGAGUCCAGAAGAGAGAGUUUUUUGGUUGGUGUUUCAAGCAUAGGGAGAGAGGAAGUAUGGGUACCAUGGAAUACCAAAGUGAAGGACUUGAUCAUUCAGCAAAACUACUUCUUUUUUUUAUCCCAAGUAGCUUCCCUUCUCUAUUUCAAUCAGAAUUAUAAAUGAAAAUCUUCUGGUAAAAUAGGGAUGCUUUUAUCAUUAAGCUAUUUUGAAAUGUUUUAAAAAAAGAUAGCAAUUCUCCCUCAAUCUCAAAACUCACAAGGAUUUUGAAAAGACUGUUUCACAGUGUCAGGAAUUUCUACUUGGAAUGUUUAUUUUGGAGGUAGGCAUAGUGGGAGUCCUCCCCCUUUGCAAAUCACAUCACUUAAGACGGCUAAAAUGAAAGCAUCGUCCUCUCCCCCAGACUAGAGACAGUGGCCAAAAUAAAAAAUCGUGGGGCUGGAUAUUUCCUAAGUCAAACCAGCCUCCUGGUGCUUGAAGGUUUCACUCACUAUUAUCUGCACAGGAUGUAAAGAAAAGUCACAGUAGGCACUCUUUACCAGGGAAAAUAAGGCAGUAUUUGAAUCACAAGAUAUAUUUUUUAUUACCUGCUAUACCAUGGAUUCAGUGAUCUGUAGAGCCUUUUCACCCAUUAGCUGUCAGAGUAUGAAGGACUGACAGCCUGUAAAGAUAUUUAUAUUUUUGUAUAGUUGUUUUCAUAGAUUUCUCAAAGGCUGAGUUUUCAACCUAGAAGAUGAGAUUUGUAUUGAGUAUAGAAAUGAUGUUUCCUAUCUAGUUUGUAAAUAAUCAUGGUGCACUUGAGGGGUCUCUUGGAAACUCCUGGGGGCAAGAAUCACUAUUCUGAAAAUGUAUAGACUGGGAUUUAGCUGCUGCAUUUUGCCUUUCUUAAAUAAUUAUAUUUUGGAAUGUAACCCCUGUUCUGUCUUCAUUGACAGGAUUUGCUUGUGUUGUGAAACACGUAACACAAGAGCUUCCAGUGCCUGGGCUGUGCCUAGGUGAUGCUGUUUUCUUCUACAUCCCCUGCCUUCUGUAUCCCAAAUCACUCAGCAUAUCUCCAGACCUAGGGUGUGUGAGACCAGCUUUGGAAUGGUUUCUAGCCAGUGGUUUAUUACACUUCCAUGGUUGCUUCCCUUUCUCUUAACUUGGUGUGAUGAACAGAUUGAAAAGGAUGAGGAAACUGCUUUCCCUGCAGAUUGUGGUGGGAGCAGAUUCUUUGCUGGUUUGUGCUACUCGCCUUCCUAGAGCUGCUCUAAAGGCUACAGAAGCAGUUUGCAGUAGGUGAUGUGUGCCCCUCAGCUUCUUGUUAUCCCCCCACUUCUCUUUACCCAGCAGAUUGCAUUCAAUGCCUUAGCCACGGAUUCCAGCUCUUUUCAUCCCUGCUAAUAGUUGUCCUUGGAGAUGCUAGUACUUUAAUCCAGGUAGAGCAGUUUCCCAUUAUAUCCUUGCUUGUCUCGCCUCCAUGUUUCCUUCUGACUUCCCAAGGUGCUUGUGGCUUUUGAAGGUCAGCCAAGGAUUAGGCAAGUGAGCAAACAAUCCUCAGGAAAAGAAGGACCGUUUUAGUUUCUGAACACUGUUCCCUUUUCAGAAGAAAAUUCUAUUCUUGACUGGAGGAUAUUUGGCUGUUUAUGAUACACUAGGAUGGAAAUGAGAGAUGAUUCCGGGUGUUCAGGGAAGGCUGCAGAUGUUAUUACAAACCCCCAAGAUAGGGUGUUCUCAAGACCAUUUAGAACUAGGAGUCCUCAGGGCGGGUUUGAGGAAGGCUCAGUCUUUAGAACAGUCCUGCAGUCUCAACAGAAAUCUAAAAUCUCCAAAAACUCCUACCCUUUAACCUUACCCCAGGAAGAACUGGUCUCUGAAAAUUCCAUGUGUGAUGAUGAAACACGUAGUUGAGUGAGGACGGGAGGAAUUGGGAGGUCAGUGGGCUCUUGCCCUAGCGCUACAAGAAGCAUGGUCUCAGGAGACCAGUCAUUCACCUUUUAUACAUCUGUAAAUAAAUGGAAUGUUUUUAAGAAUAUAAUUGUCAGAUUUAGCUUUUUCUUUUAUAUAUUAAAUAUAUAUCUUUUCUUUUCUGCUUUUGAAAAAUGACUAUUUUUUUAGAAACCUAAGAACAGAAGAAGAAAUUGGGCGACUGAAAGGUAGAAUGUAUAAACCUGAAAUAAAUCAAUUUCAGUAAUUCAAGCAGGAUUUGGUGUUGGGAGCUUUGUUCUGGCUGGAGUAGAGGUGCCACUACAGUAGUUGCAGCUUAGGAAUUCUUUCCUGUCCUCAGAAAGUUUCUGACAAGUCAUUUGGGGAUAUUUGGGGUGUUUGUAAUCUGUGUAGCAUAUUUUCCAUGGAGAUGUCAAAAUUUUGUACAUCCUGAUGGCAGAUAACUUGUCUUAAGAAGUGUUCUACAGUGAUGAAAGGUUAGCCUCAUAGGACCAAUGUGUGCAAGGCAGUAUACCUGUUACCUGGGUAAUAACUAACGGGUCAUAAACCACAAUCUUAGUGGCUGAGGGCGAUAGCUUUUCUUAAAGCAGGACGUUUGUUAACUAGCAUCAUAAUUUACAAAAAGUUUUAUUAAAGGAGUUCUUUAAACAUGAGCUGCGCUCAUCUACUUAAGGUCACUAACACCAAAUCCAGUUAUCUAAACUUCAUACAAGUUGUUCAUUUUGUAAUUUUAUAUUAAAUGCAGUAGUUUUAUUCCCCAGGAUUAUGGAUGAAAUAGCUGAUGCUAAUAAUCCUUUCUAUACCCAAAUUCAGAAUGAUUUGAACACAGAAGAAAAGCAAACAACGCAUGUAUUUUGGGAGCAGGGGCUUUAUAGUUAUAGGUAAAUUUUCUAACUAUAAUGGUUGAGAUAUUUGAAAUGGAACAAGGUGAAUUGCGAGAUAAGUGCACUUUGAAGACAGAUCUGAAAAAGUAGUGAUAAUGUUUGCCCCUCACUCCCAGAAGUUAAACAAAAACGACGAUGACAACAGAAACCAAUGCACAGUGUAGGUAGCAUGUUUUUAGGUACUGUUACAGAGAAUGACUGAUAACUAAGAAUCAGAAUACAUUUCUUGCACAAAAUUGUUUUGUAAGGGCAUCAAUACUUACAUGUCGUUGUAUUAUCUCUAAUGGAACUUUACAUGGACACGAAUGGCUGGAGGCAGAGAAAUUUUAGUCACUGCCAUAUGGAGAAAAAAAUCAGUCAAAUAAAACUAGAUUUUUUAAAUUAUGUUAGAGGAAAUAAUUGGGUAUAUGCAACUUUUAAACUGAGGUGUAAGUGUGGCGUAUGAAAUAUUAGUGAAUUACCACUCUACAAAGGCCUGGAAGUGUUGAGUAAUGACGGAGGUGUGUAUGGAGAAAGAAGGCUAAACCAUAGGGUGAGUUGGGAAUUUUGAGACUCAAACCUAAGCUCUACAAAUUCUUUUUAUUAUUGUAAACUCUGUUGUUAGAAGAAAUUUUGUUAAGUAGGAAAGCAGUCUUGGAAGCGUUGUUUUGAGAUGCAUCCUGUUUCCACCUGCAAAUGUUGGUCUCAGCUGUCCCACAGUGCCUUGCAUGUAAGGUGCUCAAUAAACAUUUGUAUUGAUGAGCAAAUGUUCAGCCUCUCGGUUUUCCAGGGUCUUCUGGUUACACUUCAUUUGUAUGUUAAUCCUAGGGUGAAUUUUAAAAUCUUAUCUAAUGAGCAUACUGCUAAGCAGACAUCUGUAUACAUCUAUUCCUAGACAUCUAGAAUUUUAGAAACUGGAAAACACCAUGUAUACAUGUUUAGGACAUAGAAACAGAAUAGGAAGUGAAAUGGUGUAUGGAUGGUGAAAUACUUACGAAAGAAUCAACUGCACUUUGGAGGAUGGGAUGGCAAGAACUUAAUCCAGUGUAGAAAAGGAAACAACGCUUCUGUUCACACUGGACUUAUGUUAUUUUCUGAGGAAUUAAUUCAUGAAAUAUGAGAACAACCCAGCAUCUAAAAUAGGCACCUCAAAGGCUGCAUGGUACAUAGACAGUAAAGGUUGGACUGAAUUGUGAAGAGUAAAAAGCGGUUUUAGCACUUAAAUGCAAGUAUUCAGAUUCCAGACUUAAAUUCCCUCAUUACAUUGUUGUCAGUUGUAUUUCACUUAGAUCCUCUUAGACAAGGAAAGCAAGAGCUUCGAUUUGCCUCUGCAGCUUCAGCUUCAGUUGAGGGUAAUUUGGGAAACAUUUUCUCAAAGGGUGUAAACCAGGGUAUCUUUAACAGGAAAUGAUCGGUGACACUUCAUAAACCGUUUACAUGGCCUUGAGUAGUUAGGUAAAUGAGAAAACCACUUAGUGGGCAUAAAAGUGAUUGGAGAGGAUUAGAUAACUCCUGUGAACACAUUUUUUUUUUUCCUUUUUUGAAUUCUUAACGGGUGAAGUGGCAGUUACUGAGUUCUGCAGCAUACAAGUAAAGACACCAGGUGGCACCAUUAGCAGAUUUCUCUUGGCUUUCCCAUGAGGUAAAAAUCAGACCUACAAGGAGCUGAAGGAACCCACUCCCUAUUUUUAUACUGCUGUAGCUAAUGGCUUUUUUUUUUGACCUUUCUCCAGGUGUGAGAAGUAAUUUUGGAAACUCCAUUUUAUAUUCUGUAACAUCUGCAGUGCACGGUUGAAGGGAAAGAAGCCUCGUGCCUGUGGCAGCUUUGCCAUUUGGUCUUCUAGGAGGCGAGAUUUCUGAUCUCUGUAUCAACCUUUCAGCUUUACUUGUAUUUAGCACAGG